UGAAACAGGGAGGGUCUCAUGGGUGGACUGUAGUCAGCUUAUGUGGGGCCUGUGGUCAGUUGGGGGAUGCAGUCAGCCAUGGUGGGGGUUGGAACCCCAUGCCACAAGCACCUAAAUGGGGCAGAUGCACCUUGGCCCCCAAACCCCAAGGUGUCUUAGGGUGAGGGGUCUGGCCCCUUGGGGUUCAGGGCCAGGUCAUGGAGGAGUCGGGGUUCUGGGGUGCCUCCUUCCUGCUGAGAGGAACUGGGCGGGCCAGGCUGACAGGUCCAGCGGCAUAGCCGAGCUGACACUCAUCUCCAGCAUAUAACCCCACUUCAUGAAGCCCCGAAUGUUGUGCUAGUGUUCACGGAGCUCCUGCCACUGCUGUCCCCUGCCCAGCAGGCACUCCAGCCAGGCCAAGACCAUGAGGCAGGUGCCGGCUGUGGCCCUGCUCCUGCUCCUGCUGCUGCUGCGGUUUGGGACUCAGGAGGCUGAGGCAUUAAUUGCCUGCGGGAGCCCAAGGAUGCUGAACCGGAUGGUGGGCGGGCAGGACGCCUUGGAGGGUGAGUGGCCAUGGCAGGUCAGCAUUCAGCGAAAUGGAAGCCACUUCUGCGGGGGCAGCCUCAUCACAGAGCGGUGGGUCCUCACCGCAGCGCACUGCUUCUCCAACACCUCUGAAACAUCCCUGUACCAGGUCCUGCUGGGGGUGCGGCAACUGGUGAAGCCAGGGCCGCACGCCAUGUACGCCCGGGUGAAGCGGGUCAAGAGCAACCCCCUGUACCAAGGCAUGGCCUCUAGUGCCGAUGUGGCUCUGGUGGAGCUGGAGGCACCUGUGACCUUCACCAAUUACAUCCUCCCUGUGUGUGUGCCUGACCCCUCAGUCGUCUUUGAGACGGGCAUGAACUGCUGGGUCACCGGCUGGGGCAGCCCCAGUGAACAAGACCACCUGCCCAACCCCCGGAUCCUGCAGAAACUUGCUGUGCCUAUCAUUGACACACCCAAGUGCAACCUGCUCUACAGCAAGGAUUCCGAGUCCGGCUUCCAGCCGAAAACCAUCAAGGACGAUAUGCUGUGUGCUGGCUUCGCUGAGGGCAAGAAGGACGCCUGCAAGGGAGACUCGGGGGGCCCCCUAGUGUGCCUUGUGGGUCAGUCAUGGCUGCAGGCUGGGGUGAUCAGCUGGGGUGAGGGCUGCGCCCGCCGGAACCGCCCAGGUGUGUAUAUCCGGGUCACCUCCCACCAUAACUGGAUCCAUCGGAUCAUCCCAGAACUGCAGUUCCAGCGGGCUAGCUUGGGUGGCCAGAAGCGGGACCCUCGGGGCCAGCAGCCCCUCGGUCGGAACUUUGCACCCUGCCUGGCAGCCCAUGCCAUCCUCCUGGUCCUCAUGGCCCUGCUCACCUUCCUCUGAGCUGCGCCCAGGCCAGUGGGAAGGUGGCGCCCCGGGGCCUAUGGUGUACAUUUGUAAAUAGCUCUCCAAUUCUCCCUACUCUCUAAUGCCCACUUAUUUUUAUUUAUGUUCACUCUCCAAUAAAACCCCAACC